GCCAGUGUCCUGGUAUACUCAGCCCCUCUUGUUAAAUGAAGAAAGCGAACUAUUGCAUAUACCUGCAUUUCUGUGAAGUAUGGAAUAUUCUGAGCCCAUUGAUCAAGAUUUUUAUCAGUCUAAUUUUAACACCGAUGAAGGACAAGACAUGUAUAACUAUGGUAUAUCCAGUCAUCCUUAUCACAGCAACAUUUCCCCACCAGAAGAUUUAAUGUUUCCUGAACAGCCUUAUCUGGGUCAGAUUUUACAUCCUUUGAGUGUCACAGGCUCUCUUCAUUCAGACCCAGAUAGCUUUGAUGAUGAACCCCCAUUACUGGAAGAGCUGGGUAUUAACUUCCAGCAUAUACAGCAAAAAACCUUGACAGUACUAAAUCCAUUGAAGCAAACAGAUGGAAGCAUUAUGAAUGAGACAGAUCUAACAGGACCAGUGGUGUUUUGUUUGGCAUUAGGAGCAACAUUGCUACUCGCUGGAAAAGUUCACUUUGGUUAUGUUUAUGGAAUUAGCGCUAUUGGAUGCCUUGGGAUGUACACGUUGUUAAACGUGAUGAGCAGAAUUGAAGUGUCAUGUGGCUGUGUGGCCAGUGUGCUUGGAUAUUGUCUUCUUCCUAUGGUCAGCCUAUCUAGUUUUGCUGUGUUCUUCUCUUUGCAAAGCAUCUUUGGAAUUGUUUUGGCUGUCAUAGUUAUCGGAUGGUGCAGCCUGUCAGCUUCAAAGAUAUUUGUGGCUACACUAGCCAUGGAUGGUCAACAACUUCUAAUUGCUUAUCCUUGUGCUUUGUUGUAUGGUGUAUUUGCACUUCUUACAGUUUUUUAACUUUUGAAGCAUUAAUUUAUAAGAUCUUCCAAGAAGAUUGAAGGACUGUGACAGCUAUGUUCUUUACUGUUCAAUAAAUAUUACAGCCAAUUAAGUUUUAGUACAUGAGGUGGUUUAAUUGAACCUUAAAAACAUAAGAAGUUUGAUAAAUAAGAGGAAACCAUUCAGUCUUUAAAGCUUGUUUCUUUAGUUAAUCACUAGGUUUUCCCAAUAUCUAAUCUGAGUACUUGACUCAGUAGUUUGUUCCAGAGUUUCACAACACUUUGUGUGAAGAAGUACUUCCUGAAAUCAGUCUUAAAUACACUUCCCUUAAUUUCAUCUGAAGUCCUCUUUUGGAUGAUUCAGUAUUUAGUUGAAAGACUUUUUAUGGAAUCAACUUUAUCUAUGACUUUGAGAAUUGUGAAGACCUGGAUUAAGCCCCCAUGCAGCCUUCUCUUCUCAAAAUUAAACAAGUUACAUUCCCUUAGCCUGUCCAAGUAGAACAUGUCCUUUAGUUCUAGAUUGCACUUAGUUACUGUCCUCUGCACAGCCUUAAGUACUACGUUAUUUUAUAGUGUCAUGACCAGAACUGCAGAAAGUACUCCAGAUAUGAUCUUACUAGUGCAUUAUAUAGUCUGACCAAAACAUCCUUUGUUUUAUAUUUAACAGUUUUUAGUAAAAUGUAGCCUAACAUUUUAUCUUUUUUAAUUGCCUCUAUACAUUUCCAAUUAAACUGUUGUUUACGUGAAUCCUGAAAUCCUUUUUUAGAUGCUGCUUUUUAAAUCAACUGAGCUUCUCACAUACCUAUCACUAGUUAGAAGGAAUUUACAACAGAUGCUUUAUUGCAUGCCACGUUCUUAGAAGUAUUGUUUUUAAAAAGCAGGCAGCAUGGUGGUGCAAUGGUAGCAUUGCUGCCUUACAACUAGGAGACCAGGAUUUGUGUUCCAGGUGCUCCCUACAUGUAGUUUGCAUGUUCUCCCCAAUCAACAUUUCCAGGUUUCCUCCAAUGGUCCAGAGAUAUGCAGAUUAGCUGAAUUGGAAUUGUUAAAUUAGCCCGUCUGUGUGUAUUCACCUGUGAUGUUGGAUUAGGCUCCGGCUUCCCCGUUACCCUGCUCAGAAUGUGCAGGUUUGGAAAAUGGAUGGAUGUAUGGAUUUAAAUUCCAAUCAUUUGUUAAAUGAAAAAGGUAUAAUAGUACCCCUUACAAAAAAGUGCAAUUCCUGGCAGAUACCUGCUAGAUGCUCUUCUUGGAAUAUCCUGGGAAGUUUCACUAGGAAUGAAUAUUUUCUUAGUAAUCUGCUCAUUUACUUGUGUGUGAUGUGCCCAAAUAGCCACUGUAAAACCACAGUAUAUAACAUUGGGUGCAAAAGGCAAAAAAAGGAUUUUUCAUGUAAUUUGUGGGCUUCCAAAUGUGAUUGCUUUUAUUGUUGGCACACAUAUUGCAUUAAAUCGCCCAUCGACAAGUCACCGUGAAAAAUCUACAAAUUAUCUGUGAUAACAAACUCAUUAUAAAGAACACUGUCCAAGUUGUCAGGAGCUACAUAAGAUACCACAGUAUGAGCAAAAUGCAACAUUUGAGCAUCUGGCAGAAGAAGGUGAGUUUCAUGUUACAUGGCAUUUGAGAGACAGCAGGUAUCCUCUCUUUCUCUACUUGUUGUAGCCUAUGAAACAGCCAUCAUCCUCAACAAAAGAGACAAGUCAUUGAGGUAUAUCUGUCAGAAGGUGUCCUAUAGUAUUUUCUUAAAAAAAGUGUGAUAUCUCUGUUUGGCUUUACUUCAAUAACUUUACCACUCAUUGGUAAGACUUUCCUUAUCCUUUCCAUUUCUAUUGCACAGUUCCUUUUGCAUAAUAUCCCCUCUCCCUUGCUGUAAUUUAUUUAUAUAACUUUAACAAUGUGUUACAAAAGUUAUUCAUCAUGUUCAUCACUGUAUUAACUUUUUUCUGGAUUGAUGUUUUUCAAGUAUGUGUCUAAAGACUGGACUUUUUCAAGCAUAUUUCAUUUAUUAUAAUAUUUUCUAUAUUGAUAUGUCAAGUGCCCUCAUUAUUUAAUUAUUUAUUUGUAUUGCUUUAUAUCAGGACUUGUUUUAAGUGAAACUUUCAUAAAGGCUUUAGGCGACAAUGUCUCUUAAAAGUAAGUUUUUCUUGGGAGUGGUUUUAUUUCACUGGUGUGAGCUUAUCUUUUGUAACUGAUCUUCUCACAAGUCAUUAAGAAAAAGAAGAAAGUGCAAACAAAUCUCUUACAUUUUUUAUUGAGAACCUGGACCAAUGUCUCCAAUCUUAUUUUUAUAAUCAACAUAAAAUUUUGCCUAUGUGUAAUGCUUUGCACUUUUCUGUUUUAAACUGCAUUUUCAAGUGUUCAGAAGAUUUUUUGGAAUUGUUUUUGAUGACUCCUUAAAAUCUGUUAUUCCUAUUGUCUAAAUAUACUUGAUUUUACAUCAUAAAUGUAAAUUAGAAAAAGGACAGACCCUUGUGGAACUCCACUGAUGACCUAGCCUCACCAGAACAUUCACCUCUUAUUGUAAUCUUUAUCUCAUGCUGAUUAAAGGCAGUGUCACAUUACACAACUUUAUUUCAGCAAUUUUCAGUCAUAGCCUUCUUAUACAUAAACUUAGUGAGUUGGAGGCAGUCAGCAGCAUGGUUCUUUCAAGUCAGUCACGUAAUGUAACAUGCCCUGCAAUUCACUCCAACUAGUUUGCAACUUGCUUCAAUAAAAUCAAAGAGAUUUAAUUGUCUCUUUAGUUGUAGGGGUAGAUUCCUCAUGCAUGAGAGCUGACAGCCAAUGACUGCUCAUUUGGAAAUACGAUACCUACAUUAUACAUACUGUACAGUGCAGCAAGGAGUAAUAAGAAACACAGUUGUUUUGGACCUCCCAAACAAAAGAGAAGCUUGUCUGUCUGAUGUGUCAUGUUUUAUAUACCAUAACAGCAUGAACAAAAGGGGCAGAGAUUGUGGCUGAACUUGACAUACCUGUUAACCCUUCAUAUAAAACCGGAGAAAUUCUUUUCUAUAAGCAAUAGAAAUUCAUGAACAGGUAUAGUAGAGGAAGAAGGUGUGAGAUAUUUAACCAGAAACACAAAGAAGAAAAAAAAAAGUUGAACCCAGAAACAAUGGUGCAAUUUGUAUGAAAGCAGACAAACAAAACAACUUACAGUAUACAUUUGAAAGCAAUGACCAGCAAACAUCAGCAGAGUAACAUAUUGUUGGAGACCAAGCAGAGCUGUAUGUGGAUACCAUUAAUAUCAUUUAAAGCUCAAAUAGCUCGUAGUAUCUGCAGCAAAGUGUCAUGAAAUUGAACAUCUUGCAUAGAAGUCCACUCUAGGGUUAUUGUGGCCUGGUGACUCCAGGAGCUGGAAAAUGUGUAGUCUAUAUACAAGAUGGAGUCAAUCAACAAAACACAAGUACAAACAAACAAGCAAAAGAUUCCAAUACCAACAAUAAUUCUUUUCCUUAACUUUUUGUAAUUUAUUCAAUGAUCAGAAAAACGUCAGUUUAAAUGGUUGGGGAUGAUGACUCAUAUAUGCAUCAUACAACUUCCAUAAGUCCUGACUGGCAACAUGCAUAAUCACCAUAAACAAUGUGGUAGCAACUAUGAAAAAUGAGCACAAAGUGUUGCCUCUAGAAAUUAAAUGGUGUUGCAGUGAAACUGAUAGUAAUAAUAUACAUCUAAGGAUGCAAAAAUGAGGCUUCAUCACAGAAGCUAUAUGUGAUUACUCCUAUAGAUGGCAAAACAGCAUGAAGUGUAGUUUGGGUCACAUUACAUUUUAUGCAUGCUCCAUUGUUAAAAGGAAAUUGUAUUAAAAUAAUACAAGUGUUCCUGAGGGAUUGCGGCCAUCUAUGGUUGGCCAUUACUCUAUUUGAAAAUGCCAAUGAGUAGAUUAAAGGUGAUACAAAUGGUGAUCUCCUUGAUGUCUCUCCUCACUAUCAAAUUUCCCAUAACAAGUGAUACAGGGACAGACUUCGAACAAUUGUUUGUGUGCCAGUUUACAUUUCACAUAUAAUACUAGACAUACGUUUCUCUAGUGAUAAAGUACGUAGUCAAAAGAAGAACCUAAUGUGUAAAAGAUUAAGUACUUUUAUGCUUAUUCUGUUUACUGGAAAACCAGUCAGAACCAGUAAACAAGAGCAACUUGGAGUUGUCUAAACAGACACGAUAACCACAGGUCAGAGGCUGCAAAGAGAAACAAAACACAUGAUUUAUUUAUUCUAGUCCAUGGCCAUGGGUAGAACAGCGAUUGGUAGAAGGUCUAAAAUAUCAGAAAUUACUCAGAAUUAGUUCAAGGGCACAUGAGAAGGAUGUUGGCAUCUAAACUGUGAUGACCAUUGGUCCAAGGAGUACAGCACAGAAGAACAAGACUGGCAUAAAUAUGGGGGCUCACCAGGAGCUUGAGGUCUCAGUCCAUCAAUUCAAUCCUAAACCAGGCUGGAUUAAAGAUCAAUUACCUCAGAGCCAAAAUGCUUUAGACUUCCAGCACAAAGAGCUGCCAUUUAUUCAGGUUAUAUGGAGUGAUUACCACAGCCAAUUUGUUUUGCUUUUGCUUAAUGCACAUUUAAGAAUUCUAAAAUCUAUAUAAAUGUUAAAGUUUUAAUGAGCAAAUAAAAGUUUGAAUUCACUCUUAUGAUUGCUUCAUGAUCUAUUUUACUGCCUGGGAACUAGAGAGUUAAAAGCGAAAAGAAAUAAGAAAGUCAUCAGUACGAUCAGCCCUGGUGACAGUGACCGCAAAUGGAACUGCAAACAGCAGCUAUAUCUUAGCAAUAGGCUGGUAAGUGUCACAAAACAGAUUAAAAGUCAAAGGACUAGGAUACUCAAAUCUACAAAGAAAGUGCUAAUGGGAGGAUGGGAUCAUCAUUAGACCCUUCCAAGAUAAAACAGUCGGCAGCACGAUCAGGGUUUUGGGGAAACCAUGUCUCACAUAACAUUUCUAAGUAACAUUGGUGUGUAAAUAUUUUAGGGGCACCUAGGCCAGGAUGAAACACACAUUCUUAACAGAAACAUGGUGUUUGAAAAUACUUUUGUGCAUUCAUUGCUAAGGGUAGUAAGUCUCCAGUAUUGAAGAGUGUCGGACUGCGCUGGUGCAGACACUAUUCAUAAUUAGUGCUUUAAGCAAAUAGUUUUUGUAUUAGCAUUUAGUAAAACAGAGCAAGAGUAGUUCAACCCAAAAAGAAUUAGAGAAAUAACAUUGGAUUAUUACCACAGACCCAGAAAUAUCUAAACCCACACCAGAGACCUUACAGUUGUUAUGUGUCAACAAGUGUUCCUCCUCUAGUAGGAAUUCACAUUUCCUUUUAAUGUCUUUUUUGUUCAUUUUUAAUUUUUUUAUUAUAAUAUUGUUGCUCCUGUUUGUUAUUUGUAUUAUUUUGUAUUCUCUAGUAUUGUUGAUCAUUUAGUUUUUAUAUGUCUAUAUGUUUUCAAUUAUGUUCUUUGUGCUUUGCAGGUGGUUCCCCAAAAGGUGGGGCUACCUGUCCAUCACUGUCAAGGAACUUCCCAUAGCCAUAUAAAUGAUGGGGGGAAAACAUAGUUCCUUGCAGUUCAUUAAAUGUGAUGGAAUUGGUGAAUUCUCUAGUGAUUUAUUGCUUCUUUUUGAUCAUUGAUUUGCUGGAAUUUAACCUCUGUGCUGUUUUUAGAUCAUUUUUGAGAUUUGUGUAUUGGGACUUGUUUGCUUCUGAUUUGCCUAAAUUUUAAAGGUUAUUCCUUCUGUGUUUUUAAUGCUUUCUGUGCCACAGGGCAUUUUAUGAUAAUACAUGUUUUUUUUUAAAUAAAGAUCCUGUGUUUACCCUUC